AUGGCACCGCCUCAAAGGAAAAGGAGUUUAAUCUGGAAUCAUUUUUCCACUGUGGGAAAUGGGAGGGCUAUAUGCAGCCUUUGUCAAAAGACACUGAGUUACUUUGGCGGGGCUACAGGAAAUUUACUUAGGCAUAUGAAGUUAAAACAUAAGGUAGAUCCUCUUGAAAGGGUAACAUAUACUCCUGUUGAACCUACUACAGUGUCUAAACUGACACAAGGCAGAAAAUCUACUGUUCUAAAUCUGAAACUAGCAUCAGCACAACAUUGCAAAGAUCCUCUUCUCCAAAUAAAAGCAGAACCCACUCUAAAACUCAAGGGUACAUUGCCCACUGUACGCGGGCCAAUUACCAUUGUUUAUUCUAAACAACAACUAGAUGAACAACUUACCAAGGCCAUAGUAAAAGAACAUUAUCCGUUUAGUAUAGUUGAAGGUAAAGAGUUUAGAAAGUUUAUUUCUAUGUUGCGUCCUGCUUACUCCAUGCCAACCGAAAAAACUAUUACUAAUGUACUUAUUCCAAGAUUGUACAAUGAAACAAAACAGAAGGUUGAAGAAACCUUAUCCUCUGUGGAAGCAGCUUGCCUCACUACUGAUAGUUGGACAACUAGUGACCAGAACUAUGUUUCCAUAACUGCACAUUUUAUUUGCGAAAUUGAUGGUAAAAGCUCACAACGAUCAUGCUUACUAGGAUGCAUACCCUACGACAAUAGUUAUACUGCACAAAAAUUAGGAAUGUUUUUAGCAGAAGAGGUGGAGAAAUGGGGCAUGCAAGAUAAAGUGAUUUGUGUAGUCACAGAUAACACACCAAACAUUGUUGCUGCUGUAAGAAACAACAAUUGGAGACACAUACCUUGCUUCGCUCACACCCUGAAUUUAGUUUUGGGUGAUGGUCUACAGAUAAUUCAAGCAGAAUUGUCAAAAAUAAAGGACAUUGUUCUUUACUUUAAAAGAAAUUCCAAUGCACUGUUAAAAUUAACUAAUAUACAAAAACAAUUAAAUCUUCCGGACAUAAAAUUAAAACAAGACUGCAUAACCAGGUGGAAUUCCACUUUUGAUAUGUUAUCCAGUGUCUUAAAAAUUAGAGAAGCUGUGAUCAGUGUUCUGACAACUGAUAAUCCAGAUUUAAAUUGUUUGUCGUCGUCAGAAUGGAGGAUGCUAGAGAAAGCAGCAAAUGUCUUAGAAAUUUUUAAAGUUAUUAUUGAAGAAAUUUCAGCUGAAAAAUAUGUCACUUUGUCUAAGUUAAUGUUGUUGAUAAAAGCUAUAAACAAACAUUUAAUUAGAGCUUCUGAAGAAUUUGUUAUUGACCAAAAUCUUACCAAAUUAGUGCAAGAGUUACAAACUUCGAUGUCACUAAGAUUCUUUGAAAUGGAUACCCAAGACCUUGUGACACAGGCAACUUUUAUAGACCCAAGAUUUAAGAAAUACGGUUUUCCUGAUACAGUAAAAUAUGAGAGAUGUGUGAAUUCCUUAAAACACGAAAUUUUAGCAACUCCAUCUCUUUGCUCCGACAUUCAAGAUCCCCUGCCAUCAACUUCAUCUACAAUAGACCUUCAACUGUCUAAUACGUCGUUGCUUUGGGAUGACUUUGAUAAACAAGUUGAGUAUGUUAUUUGUGAUCAGGAUCCACAGACUGCAAGCCACAAAGAGAUAGAAAAAUAUAUAAAUGAACCACUAAUUAAUAGACUUGAUGAUCCGUUGAUGUGGUGGGAUGAGAACAAACACAUAUACCCAAGAUUAUUUAAGUUGAUGAAGAGUAGGUUAUGUAUUGUGGCUACCAGUGUGUCAUGUGACCGAAUAUUUACUAAAGAAGGUUUAAUAAUAAACAAUAGGAGAAGUUUUAUAAAACCCAAUGAGACAGAGUUGUGUGUAUUUUUAAAUUACAAUUUGUAA